GCGGACAUGAUUUUGACCAAAUUCUCCGCUGCUAUCCUUACCGCAGUCUGUCCACAACCAGGUGCAACGCCCACUGGUGAUGGCCCUGACUGCUUCUUCCAUCUUAACCGCGAUAUGUGUUAUCUCCAAUUGAUCUUUGCCCUGGCGAGGAAUUCCUAUUGGCGCCCCCAUUUGUACUGCCACAUGGAUCGGGCCAUUAAGAUGAUCGCAGUGUGCUGCGAAUCACACGAGCCGCAUGCCUUUUACCUUGUUGGUAUCUUCCUCCGAAUAACACAUAAACAGGUGUCCGCCACAUCACUCAGUUCUAUCACAGAGCAGCAGGGGUGGAACAUGAUGAGAAAGGCAUGGCGUUUAGCUUUUCUCACAAUCGGCAACAUACACUGUGUCGAAUUCCUUCCCGAUCUUGUGGAAGGGACAAAGAAGUACAUGCGUACUAGUGUCGUUUCAAAAUAUGAUCUCAAGCAACUCAUCACUUAUGUGAACCAUCUUAUCAGGAUGCUGGAGCACAGGGAGGGGGUCGCCCUUACUAUGAAGGAGUUGAGAGGUAUAGCCGACGACAUACUUGCGCAGUCUGGUUAAUACAUCAGGGGAAACCUCCGCCAGGAAACUCACCAAAUUUUUCCACCUGUACCUGUAGGUUUGAUGUAUCACUACCUAUAACUACAAAUGAUCCGAGAUACAAUAAUUGCUGAGGGCUACAAAUGGUAUGAUACAUCACUGUAUUGUAGACUAAAGGUUCCCUAUGACCCCGCUACAUUGCUUAGCCGUGUCCGUGUAUAGUAGUACUAUGUGUUUCCUUGUUAUAAUACCUUUCUGUUGA